AGGCCUUGGCUAGCCUGUACGCUGGGUGAAAAAUUAUUCCUCGUGUAGUCUUCGUGGUGUGAGGUGCUGUCCGGUUCUUUUCUUCUGUUCAAAAUGGCUGCCCUCAGUGAUGCUGUUCUCGAUGCGUUGGUAUUUGAGCAUUUAUCGAAAAAAGACAAAACGUUCGCGGCUGUUUUUCAAAAAAAGUUCCAAUCGCCCAAAUUACCGAAAGGAGCACCGAAGUUGGAUGAAAUAGUGAAACACUAUCAGUCCACGAAAAAGAAGCUUUUGACUAACAACAAACAGGAGGAACAUGAAUCCGAUUCGGAUGAAGAAGAAGAAGAGUCCGACGAGGAGGAGGAGGAAAAAACCCCUGCACCAGCGACAAAUGGUAAAGCGAUGAAUGGUAAAAAGGGCACAAAUGGCACAGCAGCUGUGAAAAAAACACAAGGAGAAUCUGAUGAAGAUGAAGACGAUGAUGAUGACGAGGAGGAUGAUGAAGAUGAUGAGGAGGAUGACAGUGAAGAAGAAGAGCCGGCUCCAAAAUCCGCAGCCCUAAAGGCGUCCCCAGCGAAGGGGACACCGAAGGUGACGCCUCUCCUGAAGAAACAACAACAGGAAGAAUCUGAAGACGAAGAUGAAGAUGAUUCGGAGGAGGAAGAGGACGAAGAGGAGGAAUCCGUCGCACCGAAGCAACAGCAGCAAAAGUCGGGUCUAGCCGGACAGAAACGUAAGGCAGGUGAUGAAGAGGAAAACGAUGACGAUGAUGAGGAUGAGGAUGAGGAUGACGAUGACGAGGACGACGAGGAGGAAGAGGACGAAUCACCCGUGAAAGCUAAUAACAGCCAGAAAAUGCAAAAUAAUCAAAAGGCUACCCCAAAUGGGAAACCUCUGCCAAACGGUAAACCCUUAAUGAAUGGAAAUAGUGCCAAAGAAGGUUCUAAAAUUUCUACGAAACAGAUUGCAAAGUCGGCAACUGUUGUGGAAACACCCGCAAAGGCAUUUACUACCGCCAAGAAGGUGGAAUCGUCUGAUGAUAGCUCUGAUAGUUCAGAGGAGGAUUCGAAACCAACGGCUAAGAAACCUGUUCAAGCCGCAACUCCGAAAGCAGUACCCGCCAAAACGGCAGCAAAGCCUAGUACACCAGCAGUUGCUAAUAAGCAACAAGAGGAAUCCAGCAGCGAUGAUUCUUCAGAGGAGGAAGAAACAGCCAAGAAACCGGCAGUUGCUGCUUCAAAGACACCUGCAAAGGCGGCGGCUAAUGUAAAAACACCUGCCAAACUGAUCGCUUCUGCAGCAAAGAAGGCAUCAUCAUCUGAUGAUAGCUCUGACGAUAGUUCAGAAGACGAUUCGAAACCAACGGCUAAGAAACCUGCUCAAGCAGUAACACCGAAAGCAGUACCCGCCAAAACGGCAGCAAAGACCAGUACACCAGCAGUUGCUAAUAAGCAACAAGAGGAAUCCAGCAGCGAUGAUUCUUCAGAGGAGGAAGAAACAGCCAAGAAACCGGCAGUUGCUGCUUCAAAGACACCUGCAAAGGCGGUGGGUGAUGUAAAAACACCUGCCAAAGUGAUCGCUUCUGCAGCAAAGAAGGCAUCAUCAUCUGAUGAUAGCUCUGACGAUAGUUCAGAAGACGAUUCGAAACCAACGGCUAAGAAACCUGCUCAAGCAGUAACACCGAAAGCAGUACCCGCCAAAACGGCAGCAAAGACCAGUACACCAGCAGUUGCUAAUAAGCAACAAGAGGAAUCCAGCAGCGAUGAUUCUUCAGAGGAGGAAGAAACAGCCAAGAAACCGGCAGUUGCUGCUUCAAAGACACCUGCAAAGGCGGCGGCUAAUGUAAAAACACCUGCCAAACUGAUCGCUUCUGCAGCAAAGAAGGCAUCAUCAUCUGAUGAUAGCUCUGACGAUAGUUCAGAAGAGGAUUCGAAACCAACGGCUAAGAAACCUGCUCAAGCAGUAACACCGAAAGCAGUAGCCGCCAAAACGGCAGCAAAGACCAGUACACCAGCAGUUGCUAAUAAGCAACAAGAGGAAUCCAGCAGCGAUGAUUCUUCAGAGGAGGAAGAAACAGCCAAGAAACCGGCAGUUGCUGCUUCAAAGACACCUGCAAAGGCGGUGGCUCCUGUAAAAACACCCGCCAAAGUGAUCGCUUCUGCAGCAAAGAAGGCAUCAUCAUCUGAUGAUAGCUCUGACGAUAGUUCAGAAGACGAUUCGAAACCAACGGCUAAGAAACCUGCUCAAGCAGUAACACCGAAAGCAGUACCCGCUAAGAUGUCAGCAAAGACCAGUACACCAGCAGUUGCUAAUAAGCAACAAGAGGAAUCCAGCAGCGAUGAUUCUUCAGAGGAGGAAGAAACAGCCAAGAAACCGGCAGUUGCUGCUUCAAAGACACCUGCAAAGGCGGCGGCUAAUGUAAAAACACCUGCCAAACUGAUCGCUUCUGCAGCAAAGAAGGCAUCAUCAUCUGAUGAUAGCUCUGACGAUAGUUCAGAAGAGGAUUCGAAGCCAACGACUAAGAAACCUGCUCAAGCUGCAACACCAAAAGCAGUACCCGCUAAGACGUCAGCAAAGACCAGUACACCAGCAGUUCCUAAUAAGCAACAAGAGGAAUCCAGCAGCGAUGAUUCUUCAGAGGAGGAAGAAACAGCCAAGAAACCGACAGUUGCUGCUUCAAAGACACCUGCAAAGGGGGUGUCUGAUGUAAAAACACCUGCCAAAGUGAUCGCUUCUGCAGCAAAGAAGGCAUCAUCAUCUGAUGAUAGCUCUGACGAUAGUUCAGAAGACGAUUCGAAACCAACGGCUAAGAAACCUGCUCAAGCAGUAACACCGAAAGCAGUACCCGCCAAAACGGCAGCAAAGACUAGUACACCAGCAGUUGCUAAUAAGCAACAAGAGGAAUCCAGCAGCGAUGAUUCUUCAGAGGAGGAAGAAACAGCCAAGAAACCGGCAGUUGCUGCUUCAAAGACACCUGCAAAGGGGGUGUCUGAUGUAAAAACACCUGCCAAGGUGAUCGCUUCUGCAGCAAAGAAGGCAUCAUCAUCUGAUGAUAGCUCUGACGAUAGUUCAGAAGAGGAUUCGAAGCCAACGACUAAGAAACCUGCUCAAGCUGCAACACCAAAAGCAGUACCCGGUAAGACGUCAGCAAAGACCAGUACACCAGCAGUUGCUAAUAAGCAACAAGAGGAAUCCAGCAGCGAUGAUUCUUCAGAGGAGGAAGAAACAGCCAAGAAACCGGCAGUUGCUGCUUCAAAGACACCUGCAAAGGGGGUGUCUGAUGUAAAAACACCCGCCAAAGUGAUCGCUUCUGCAGCAAAGAAGGCAUCAUCAUCUGAUGAUAGCUCUGACGAUAGUUCAGAAGACGAUUCGAAACCAACGGCUAAGAAACCUGCUCAAGCAGUAACACCGAAAGCAGUACCCGGUAAGACGUCAGCAAAGACCAGUACACCAGCAGUUGCUAAUAAGCAACAAGAGGAAUCCAGCAGCGAUGAUUCUUCAGAGGAGGAAGAAACAGCCAAGAAACCGGCAGUUGCUGCUUCAAAGACACCUGCAAAGGGGGUGUCUGAUGUAAAAACACCCGCCAAAGUGAUCGCUUCUGCAGCAAAGAAGGCAUCAUCAUCUGAUGAUAGCUCUGACGAUAGUUCAGAAGACGAUUCGAAACCAACGGCUAAGAAACCUGCUCAAGCAGUAACACCGAAAGCAGUACCCGCCAAAACGGCAGCAAAGACUAGUACACCAGCAGUUGCUAAUAAGCAACAAGAGGAAUCCAGCAACGAUGAUUCUUCAGAGGAGGAAGAAACAACUAAAAAACAAAUUGCGGUAAGCAAAUCGGUGAUGUCAAAUGGUGGCAAACGAAAAGCAGAAUCAUCUGAUGAUUCAGAUAGCUCUGAGGAUGAAGGAACGAAGUCAGCAACAACUUUGAAACCUGCAGCGAAAACAGUAAAGAAAGCUUCUUCAGAUUCGGAAGAAGAUAGGUUUACAGAAGAAAAGAAACAAUCAAAUAAUCAAGUGGGACAAAAAAGAAAAAUGAAUGAUCAACCAGUCCAGAGCAGUCCACCAGCCAAGAAAGUAAAUCCGUACAGCAAUUUCGUUAAAUCCAGCGAACAACUAGAUCUCUCUAAGAGCAACAAGAUUGAAACUCCACCGAACAAAACGAAUUUCAAACAUCAAAAUGGAAGCGGCAGCAGUGGUUUCGGUAGCGGACACAAGUCGUUUACCAACAGCGACGAAAAACGUGGUGUAAAUCGAUUCCGGCGUGUGCGGGAAGAGGACAUUGAUAUUGAUGAACGGCUUAUGGAUAAUUCUUACGAAGCUAAGCCAAAGGAGAUGAACCCUGUAACACAAAACACUCAAAAAACGAAUUUAAAACCGGAUGCAAAUCAACCCAAUGAACGUCGUGGCCAGUGGAAAUGUAGUGAAUGUUCUGCCGUUAAUAAUGGAGUGCGCCGAAUAUGUAGUACUUGUAGAGUAGCACGUACCACCUGGAAAUGUAAGGAGUGUUACGAACAGAAUGUGGUGAAGGAUCUUGAUAAGGAUGCUUGCAAGGUUUGCAAUACUGUCGCACCGUACGUUACUGGUCGGAAUCUAAAUGAGCUCACGGGUAAAUGGACUUGUUUAGCAUGUAACGCGACGAACAAGGAGCAGUUUGAUGAAUGUUUCUGUGCCAGGCGAUCAACUACAGUAGAUCCUGUUGGUGGGAAACUAAAACGAAUUAAAUAUCCGGUAUUGCCGGGUGAUUGGAAAUGUGUGGAUUGUGAAAAACAUAACUUUGCCAAAUAUUUGAAAUGCGUUCUAUGUAAUGCUCUGAAGCCGAUGGAUCUCUCACAAGGGAAAUGAACGAUGAUCGCAAAUUUGAUUGAUUGUCCAAGAUCCAAAAUGCGCAUGGUGCGUUUGGUGAACGAGCAAACAGGAUUUUAAAGCACACGAAAGGCAAAUCGUUCCGCCACGAAAAGACAAAAAAGAAGCGUGCUGGAUACCAAGGUGGAUUUAUCGAUACAUCUGUAAAUUCUAUCAAGUUUGAUAACUAGAGUGAUGCAAAUAGGCGGCAUAAUAGGAUUUUUAUAACAAUUGUUUAUGUUAUUUCCAUGAAAA